GUACACAUACACUCCAUAUAAUAAUCAGAUGCAUGUAAAAGAGAGGGGGACUUCGUCAUGUCGACCACUGGUCCCAUAAGUAAUUAUUAUGUGGAUUCCUUGAUAAGCCAUGAAAGCGAGGACGUUCUGGCGACACGAUUCUCCACCCCAGGAUCGCUUCCUCCAGGAUCUCGCUCGACGCCCCUCGUACCGGACUGUGCUGAUUUUCCCAGCUGCAGCUUUGCACCGAAACCUCCCGUCUUCGCCAACUCCUGGGGCCCAGUACAUUCUCAGUCUUCAGUGGUCUACCAUCCGUACACCCACCCGCCUCAUUUAGGAACAGACACCAGGUAUGUGCGCUCCUGGUUGGAGCCUCUCUCCGCCGCCGUGCCCUUUCCCGGCUACCCGGCAAACAGUAGACACUAUGGGCUGAAACCCGACGCCUUCCCGGAGCGCAGAGCCGGUGAUUGUCUGGGCUCCAACGGGCGCAGCUAUACGGAUUAUCUCUACGGCUCCUCCGCAGACAUCCGAGAUAAGAGCCAACAGAACAUCCCCUCUCCGGAGUCUGAGGUUUUGGCUUCCGGAAAGCACAAAGACGACAAACCAGAACUAGACCCCAAUAACCCAGUGGCGAACUGGAUCCACGCGCGCUCGACCAGGAAGAAGCGGUGUCCGUACACCAAAUACCAGACACUCGAACUGGAAAAGGAGUUUCUAUUUAACAUGUACCUGACCAGGGACCGUCGGUACGAGGUUGCUCGGGUUCUAAAUCUAACGGAGCGGCAGGUUAAAAUCUGGUUCCAGAACAGGCGGAUGAAGAUGAAGAAAAUGAACAAAGAAAAGACUGACAGCAAAGAACAAUAAUGAGCAAAAAUCUGUAUUCUCUACAAGGACAGAAAAACCACAUUAGUGAACAUCCCCGGCCCCUUAGAACCACACACAUCAUCAAAGAUCACAAGAAGCAAUCUCUGCGUUUUCUUUCUCACGUCUAUUUACACAUUAUAUUUUCCUGUUGUGUCAUAAUUUACUUCAUCCAACAUUCAGUAAGAUAUAUGGUAAAAUGUCAUUCAGCUGCUGCUUUGAAAGGACAGUUGUUUUCUACCUGAGUUGGUGGAAAAAAUACGAGACAUAUGGGACGACUGUUCUGAAGUAUGAGCGUGAAAGUACUUGAAAUUUUAUUUCGUUAUUUCUUUUCAUUUGUAAUUUAUGACGUUCAUGUAUGUGCCUAUAUUUUUUCCUGCUUUUUCCUAUGCACGUGUAAACGCUGCAUAUUUUGUAUAGAAAGGGGACUGCAACAUCAUCUGUAGUGAUAAAGUCAGGAACGUUUGUCUGUGCGUAUUUGUGGUAGGCCUUCUGUAAUAGUUUAGGGUGUACCUGUUCGUGUAUUUUUACUUUAUUCUGAUGAUUAGCCUGUGAAGUUAUGUUCUAAUGUAGAUGUCGUAUAUUUAAAUAUAUUCAUUAUCACCAUAGUUAUCAAGUUUCGUGUUCUUCUUUGAAUGCAAGUGACACUUUGCAUAGAAUAUAAAGCGUAAAGAAAGCGUGUGCAGUAAAAUAUUCUAUGUUAAUUGGACUGCAACCGCUUACACGAGACCAAUAGGUUUCAAGCCAAAUGACAUUUGUAUUUACGCAUGCACAGGAUGCAUACACAUAAUAUGUAAUAUAUCGGUUAUUGAAAAUUGGUAUUGGUAUUAUUCUGCUCCCUCUUAAUGAACAUUUCCAGUACUGUGUAAGGCCAGUCAUCGCUAUGAAAUAUGUCCUCUUCGCACACAGGCCUA